GGAUCCACGUGUAGGAUCAGGUCCCAAAUCCCUUCCUGUUCUUCUGUGGUCCCCGCUCCUCUCCUGUUUUGUCCUUUCCCGAUUAGGCAGAACCCGAAGCGCUGCCGUUGCCGGCUCCGGCCCUCCGCCUCCUGAUCUCGCUCUCUCCGCGUCACCAAAUGAACGAUGAAGGCAGUAUUCACCUUCGCUGUCCCCUUCCUCCUUAUCUUCUUCUUUUUCUUCUUCGCCGACUUCUCUUUCGCCAUCGCCGCUCCUCCUCCUCGGGGCUACUAUAUCAAUUGCGGCGCUCCGACCGAGGAGAACAUUGAAGGCAUUCCAUGGAUCCCUGACGAAGGCUUCGUAAAUGGUGGAAAUGUGUCUCAAAUAGACUCUCCAGGCAUCAUGCCGCUGCUUUCAACUUUGAGAUAUUUCCCUGAUACAAAGUCCAGGAAGAACUGCUUUGUAAUUCGAGUUAGCAAAGGCAGUAAAUAUAUUGUGAGAACCACUUACUACUAUGGUGGCUUUGAUGGCAGAAAUGAACCCCCGGUGUUCGAUCAGAUCAUCGAUGGCAUGAGAUGGAGCACUGUUGACACCUUGGAGAAUUAUGCCGCCGGCCUGACCUCCUAUUACGAGAUCAUGGUUGCAGCACAGCGGAAAACUAUAAGUGUGUGUCUGGCAAGAAAUGCUAACACUGCCACAGCUUCGAGCCCUUUUAUUUCUGGACUGGAGCUGGUGAGCUUGGAGAAUUCAAUGUAUAAUUCAACCAAUUUUUCGAAAUAUGCUCUCAGUACUAUAGCACGCCACCGCUUUGGCCAUGAAGAUAGUCUCAUCAGCUAUCCAGAUGAUCCUUUCAACCGGUACUGGCAAUCAUUCACCGAUGCCAAUCCCGUCGUUGAGUGCCACUCCAACAUAUCAUCCCCUGACUUUUGGAACUUCCCUCCGCCUGCCGCUUUGAUGAAAGGCUUGACGACAAGCCGUGGGAAAGAGCUGCUUAUAAAUUGGCCUCCUUUUGACCUCCCAAACACAAGCUACUACAUUGCCCUCUACUUCCAGGACAAUAGAACUCCCAGCCCUUUCAGCUGGAGAGUAUUUGAUGUAGCAGUAAAUGGAAGGGCCUUCUACAGUGGCCUCAAUAUCUCAACUGAGGGAGUCAUGGUCUAUGGAUCUCAAUGGCCGCUCGCCGGUAAGACGACAAUCACGCUGACCCCGGCUUUUGACUCUCCCGUCGGCCCGGUUAUUAAUGCAGGAGAGCUUUUUCAGAUAGUCCCAAUAGGUGGAAGAACACUCACAAGAGAUGUAAUUGCGAUGGAGAAUAUAGCAAGAAGCUUUGCUAAUCCUCCACAAGACUGGAAAGGAGAUCCUUGCUUGCCUAAGCAAAAUUCAUGGACUGGUUUAACCUGUGAUAUUUAUGGCGGUUUUGCUAGAGUGGCGACCCUAAAUCUGACAAAUUUUGGAAUCUCCGGAGUUUUAUCAGAUAGCAUUGGAAAUCUAACUGCAAUCACUGAUAUUUGGCUGUCUGGAAACAAACUCGCUGGUAAAAUUCCACAAAUGGGCAAUUUGAAGGAGCUGGCUUCCCUGCACUUGGCCGACAAUGAAUUUACUGGAUCGAUCCCAUCUUUUCUGGCAAACCUUCCAAAUAUUAAGGAGAUCUUUCUACAAAAUAACAAGUUGUCUGGUCCAAUACCAGAGAGUCUGAAAAACAGAAGUGGGAUUGAUCUCCGGAUUUCUUCUGCCAAUCAACUUGAGAUGUAAAUAGAAAGAAAACUGCUAACCAGAUUUGUUGAACUUUAUGCGGAUCGAUCCAGCGUUCGACCGAAGCAUUUACACCCCUGCCCUCAAACCCGAUCCCCCUAGGGCUCUGCCAAAGGAAGCCGCUGCUCUCUGCCGAAGGAAGGCGAUGCUAAUCCCUGCCGAAGGAAACCGAAGGAAGCCGCUCCUACCUCUCCGCUGCUCAUCCCUGCCGAAGGAAGCCGCUAGUCAGCCCAUGUCUCUGCACUUGCUACAUCCAUGUCUAUGCACUACUCAUCCCAUGUAGUUACUUCAAGAACUAAUAAAACAAGCACAACUAUAUUGGCUGCCCUGCCAUUCCAUGUCUCUGGGCUUCUGGUC